AUGUCCAUUGGGGCGUUUCUGGGACUAGCAGAAGCAAUAAAGACUUAUGGCAUCGAGGGCCGUGUCCGCCUCAUUGGCACACCUGCAGAGGAGGGCGGUGGAGGUAAGCUGAAGCUCAUAGAGGCUGGCGCGUUCAGGGAUAUUGAUGCCUGUCUCAUGACACAUCCUGGACCCGAGGAGACGAGUGCCGGUUUCACAGGGGACGCAUACAUGCCCACGUUGGCCAACUGCAAGUUUUCGAUUCGAUACACCGGCAAAGCGGCCCAUGCCGCUAUGAAUCCCUGGCAAGGUGUCAACGCCCUUGAUGCAGUGGUCCUGGCUUAUAACGGCAUAAGCGCCCUGCGUCAACAGAUCCGCCCUGAUGAGAGGAUACAUGGCAUCAUCGCGCAAGGAGGCACACGGCCGAACAUCAUUACUGCUCAUGCUGCAUUGGACUACUAUGUACGAAGUCCAACUCUAAAGUCUGCCAGCGAUCUCGUCGAUCGAGCGAAGGGGUGCUUUGAUGGAGCAGCACUUCAGACCGGGUGCAGUGUUGACUAUGAGAUGUGA